CGCUCGCCCUCAGCACGCGUUUGGUUUUUUCUAUUUCACUAUUUCGAUUUGGUUUUACUUAGCCAACAGUUCUGUGUUUGUAUUUUAAAAGUUGUUAAGAGCUUGUGCAACCCAUUUUAUGUAAAUUGCGUGUAAAUAUUUCAGUUUCAAGCGAAUCGAAAUAAGGUAUAUUAAGUCGAUGACGACACUGCUGUCCAUGGAGACGUCAUCGCCAGCAUCCGAGCAGCGGGAACCGGAGGAGGAGGACUCCCACUCGACAUCUACAACCCCCACACGAAUUCCCCAUCCUGCGACCAGCGAGGCGGUUUCAUUCCGCCGUUCCGCCUCCCUGCGCCUGCGCGGGACCAAAGAGCAGCUUGGCGCGGAUGCGAUGCGGCCUGCCGGCGGAGGUGGAUUCAGUACGCGCGCCAAGCUCGGAGCCAAUCCAUCAUCCACGUUCAGCUCGCGCUCCGGUCCUAUCCACUUGAGGCGUAAUCGCAGCUGGAGCAAUUUAGGCCACAAAACGUCGUCCAAGCAGGAAGCGGAUGCAGUCCAUGCAUUAUGCAGCGCAACCCAGUGCCUGUCCCUAGCCCAGGAGGAGUCCACUGACGUCCCGGACACCUUGGAAAUGGCCAACAACAUGACCAGCAGCAGGCCGCGUAAUAUGUCUCUCAAGUUAAACGGCGGCAGUGACAGCAGAAGUAGGACCAACCCCAAGACGACGCCACUGAACACACCAUCACCAGCGGGAGCGGCGGCGGCGGCACACAGCUGCAUUCGCCAGGGAAACUGCAUAAAGGCGGCGGUCGGCACUGGCACUGCACCCUCAUCUAAAUUGUCCACGCUGCACGAGAGUAAGGUAUCCCCAAAGACGCCACCAGUGACCCCAGACUCGCCCAGCACCUAUCUGGAUGAUGAUCUAGACUCGAUGUACUCCUUUGCCACCACCACCUCGGGACGUUCGACCAUGUCCUGCGAGCAUCCUUAUGUGGCCAGGAAUGGCACCACUUUCAGUGGUCGCAAGAUGAAGUAUGUGGUGCACUGCUCCAACUACGCGGGGCAGGUGGGACCCGACUAUCUGACGCCCACGCAACGGGCCCAGCGGCAAGUGCGUCGCCUCAAGGAGCUGCUGUGCAUAGCGCGCCAGGAUCUUGAGCAGAAGGACACUGAGAUAUUGCGUCUCACACGGGAAGUGGUCGAACUGCGUCUCUUCAAGGCGUCUCUCAGUUCCCCCGAGGAACGUUCCGCCUCAUCCGAUGCGGUGACUGUACGCGAAGCGGAGCUUAAGACUUCCCAGGAUGUCUCGCCUAUUGUGGAUAUGGUGGACGAGGGCAAUGACAAGUGCAGUCCCCGGCAUCUGGUGCGCCACCAGCAGCAGCAACUGUCGGCUAUGCAGAUGUCCGCUGAGAUGCAAAGCUCGUAUGCGGACUCGGGACACUUCGAGGACCUCACCAUGUCCUCAGUCCACUCCAAGGACUCGCAGACCCAGAGCGAGGUCUGUGGCACGGCCACGCCCGAUGCGGGGCCAGAGGCAGCCUGUGGGGGCGAAGAUGCGACCAGUAGCCUCGAGAACUACGAGUUGCAGCGACAGGAGCUGAUUCGCAUGUACGAGCACCGGAUCGAGGAGCUGAUACGCAGCCAGGACGGUGCCAACAGCGACCUGAAGCGCAGCCACAACGACAAGGUGGAGGCACUGCUGCAGAAGCUGGCCGAAUGCAACACACGAUACUCGGACAUGGUGCCCGACUACGAGCAGGCGAAACAGCGCAUCCGGGAGCUCGAAAAGCAGCUAGAGGACCUGCAACGGAAGCUGGUCGAGCACGAAGACAAGCAGAACAAGAUGUACCUGCACAUGUACCAGCAGGGACAGGAAUCAGAGCGCAUCUCUCGCGCCGAUCAGGCACUCGAACUGGCCCAGAGGCAACCGGAGAGCAAGGUGUCGAUCAACGAACUGCUGCACCAGCUCCAGAGCACCCAGGACGAAUUGGAGAACAUACGCGCAUCAGAGUGUAGAAUGAGGGAGUGCGGCAGUAAUCAAGCUCUCCUUACGGCAAAGGAGGCGAUUUCUUUGUGGGUUCUUGGCGCGCGUAAGACCAUUUAUCGACGCUUGCUGGAGGCACAGAAGAAUCGCACCCAUGUGGACCCGGAGGUUACUCUGCAGUUCCUGAAAAGCGCCAUCUUCUAUUUCCUCACGGACAAGGAGAACUCGCAGGGCCAUCUGCAGGCCAUCGAGAGCAUACUCGAGUUCACCGACGAGGAGAAGCAGAAGAUCAGUUUGGCACGUCUUGCCUAAGCACUUAUUGUUAUAAUUAUGGUAGAGAUAACUGGCACGAGAAAGUCUGUAAAACGAUGUUUCAUUUUUUAGUGUACGGCUAAAUAUCAUUGUUUUUUGUCGAUUGGUUUACGAAUUUAUUUGCAAUUUUAUUUAUGUAAGUGAAUAAUUUUGAUAAAUUAAGUGGUACAACAAUAUAUUCUAUUUGACAACGAUUUUAAAUUUGUCUUAGUUAGUUAUAUAUAUAUAAUUUCCAUAAUAAGGCUUAAGGCAUACAAAAACGUCCUUUAUAAAAAAAAGAAAACAGAAAUGACGAUGAAAAUAUAAUUUUACAAAAUGUAGGUACUUUUUGUAGAUGUAGUUAAUCAAAUGAGAGUAAGUACUAAACAACACCAUAUACUACUAUAAUAUAUAUAGUAUAGUAUAGCUUUCGUUGUGUUUCAGCGGAUUUUAAAUGGCAAAUAAAUGCAAUAGUUGAAAA